AUGCCCACACCCAGCGGUGUGCUCAAGCGGUGUGAAGUUGUAAUGUACAUCUCUUUGCAAAACGUGGCAAAGCCAAGUCAUGCUGAGCAAGGGAUAAAAAGUGUUUCAGCUGUAAAGACUCUACAGGAAUCAUAUAAUCUCAGCUCUCCAAGGGAGUUAAGACAAUACGAACGCAGAAAGCUGGUUGAGACGUUUUGUCAAAAGACUGGGCACAGUUGCAUGCCAGACCCUUCUCACAUUGCAGUGAUUCCGUCUCUCAAAAUACUUUACUGUAUAACACCUAAAGCGGCUUCCAGGCAGUUGAGAGAAAUGCUCUAUUCAUUUGUAGACAUGCAGAAAGGAGCGCCUCUACUAAAUCGGUAUCCUCCCGACGAGCAAAGGCAAAAGUGGGAAAAAUAUUUCAAGCUCACGUUUGUUCGUGAGCCGUUCGAGCGCAUCCUGUCGGCAUACAAAGACAAGUUUGUUGAUCCAAGAUUUCCCCUUCCAAUGCUUCAAUAUCACGGCAGAGCAAUUCUGAGAACCGUUCGUCCAAACGCGUCCAAGAGCGCACUUGAUAAACCUUAUGACAUCACUUUUCGUGAAUUCAUUGAAUAUUUAGUAACCGAAGGAAGCAGCAAGAGUACCCCUGUUAUGGACUGGCACUGGGACAAUUACGUCAACAUAUGUGGAAUGUGUGCCGUCAACUAUGACUUUAUAGGUCAUUACGAAACUUUCGAUCAAGACUUGGCGGAUUUCAAAGUGGCAGCGGGAUUAUCGCCUGAACAGGCAAAGAAAUUCAAUGCUCGAGCCAACAAUAAAUCCAGUACCGCCUCCUCUAUGCUCAGUUAUUACUCGAAAAUUCCCACAAAAUGGAUAAUGGAUCGACAUCCUUGGGCGCUUGUACAGAGCCAACUUUGA